GCCUCGGUGGCCGCGCCGCCGCGUGGCCUCGGCCUGCUGAGCGCCGUGGGGGGAGCCGCGGCCACCUUGUUCCCCCACCCCCAGGCCGUGGGCGCCCAGGCAGGCCCCGCCCCCGCGGAGCCGCCGCAGGGUUAUAUUGGGCCGGGCCGAAGGUGGAAGCGAGAUUCUGCUGCGGCCGGCCAGCGCGGACAUGCUGCCCGGGAGGCCGGCGAUGGCAAGGCGGCUGCGGGCGCGGCGGCCACGAAGAUCGAGUUCCAUGGGCUCUCGAGGCUAAAGACGUCUUGUCCUCAAGAGUAGCGGGUACGCCAUCGAACGUCAGCUCGGUGCCUCGAGGACGCCCUGCCUGAGACCUGGGCGUCCAACGAAGGACUACUUCUGGACGCCUGGACGGAUAGCAGAUGCGCCGGCUCCUUCCUCCCUGAACGAAAUCCUGAGGUUGCUCUGGCACCCGCUUUCAUUGUGCUUAAAGUCUCCAAACCUCGGAGUAAGGACAGCACCGCACCAACUUCUCCUCCCCUCAAUUCACCCAACACUCAUAAUCCCUCCAAAAAAAACUUUGCAGCGGAAGAGGACCUUUCUACGGAAAAGCGCCUCUCUCAGAAAGAGGCAGGAGCGGUCCCUCCCGGGAGACGCCCGCCUUCUGUGCGCGGGAUCACCACCCCGCGCGCCACUCGCUUCCUACGACCUCGCAGGAAAAGGGUACAGCGCCGGUCGGGGAGCACCAGCGCCGGCAUGAAAUUGGAGGUGUUCGCCCCACGCGCUGCCCACCGGGACAAGAUGGGCAGUGACCUGGAGGGGACCGGCAGCAGCGACGCGCCAUCUCCGCUGUCUGCCGCUGGCGACGACUCCUUAGGCUCUGACGGGGACUGCGCAGCCAACAGUCCAGCGGCGGGCGGCGGCGCCGGCGAUCUGGAGGGCAGUGGCGGCGAGAGGAGCUCGGGUGGCGAGCCCAGCUCCCAGGACGGUUCCGAGGCGGCCGAUGGCAGUGCGCAGACCUCUGCGGCAGGGCAGUGCGCGGGCAGCGUGGGCAGCGGCGAGGGCGCGCGCAGCAAGCCGUACACGCGGCGACCCAAGCCCCCGUACUCCUACAUCGCGCUCAUCGCCAUGGCCAUCCGCGACUCCGCGGGCGGACGGCUGACGUUGGCCGAGAUCAACGAGUACCUCAUGGGCAAGUUCCCCUUUUUCCGCGGCAGCUACACCGGCUGGCGCAACUCGGUGCGCCACAACCUCUCUCUCAACGACUGCUUCGUCAAGGUGCUGCGCGACCCCUCGCGGCCCUGGGGCAAGGACAACUACUGGAUGCUCAACCCCAACAGCGAAUACACCUUCGCCGACGGGGUCUUCCGCCGCCGCCGCAAGCGCCUCAGCCACCGGACGACAGUCCCUGGGUCGGGGCUGCGGCCCGAGGAAGCUCCACCCGGAUCCGAGGGGACCCCGCAGCCCGCGCCUGCCGCCCGGUCCUCCCCGAUCGCGCGCUCGCCUGCUCGCCAGGAGGAGCGCUCCAGCCCCGCGAGCAAGUUCUCCAGCUCCUUCGCCAUCGACAGCAUCCUCAGCAAGCCUUUCCGCAGCCGCCGCGACGGCGGCGACACGGCUCUGGGGGUGCAGCUGCCCUGGGGCGCCGCUCCCUGCCCGCCGCUGCGUGCCUACCCGACGCUCCUUCCCCAGGCGCCCGGGGGCUCCCUGCUGCCACUCUGUGCAUACGGCGCGGGCGAGCCCACGCAGCUGGCGUCCCGCCGAGCCGAGGUGCAGCCCUCAGCGCCCCUGCUGCUGGCGCCCCUGUCCGCGGCGGCCGCAGCUAAGCCAUUCCGAGGUCCCGACGCCAGCGGCGCAGCGCACCUGUACUGCCCCCUACGGCUGCCCGCGGCCCUGCAGCCGGCUUCGGCCUGCGGUCCCGGCCUGCACCUGUCCUACCCCGUGGAGACGCUGCUAGCUUGAAGCGAGCUCUGAGCUCUGUAGAGGGCCUGGGGUGGGGUUGGGGACUCCAUUAGUUGAGGUUGGAAUGCAGGCUCCCGGUCUGAGCACCUUCCACUUUCCAGAGGAAUAGAGAUUUUUUUUUUUUUAAUCUCCUUCAGACGUGCCUUAAAGUUAAGCAUUUUGACCCAAGUGUUUUAACUUAGUCCAGAAUAGUUUCCUUUGUCUUUUGUAACUUAAAGGAGAG